AUGCCUGGAAAGUACAUCCCGCGAUCCAAAUCUCGAACCACUCUCUUCCUCUUCCUUCUCUCUUUCUCUCUCCUCUUCCUCCUCUUCUCUCUUUCCCCUCUCCGCUCCCCCUCUGCUUCUCCCGCCCAUUUCCACGUUGCCAAUGCCGAAACCUCCUUCCUCGUCUCCCUCGACCACUUCCUCGCCAAUACUCCCACGCCACCCUCCUCUUCCGACGACACCGCGCACGGUGAACAACAUGACCUCAUCACGAAGCUCGAUGACGCCGUUUAUGGCUCCGAGAUGGACAGGCUAUACUCCGAUCCUUACUACCCGCUUUCUCUUCCCCUUAGGGUUUACGUCUACGACAUGCCCCCCAAAUUCACCUACGAUUUGCUCUGGCUCUUCAAAAGGACCUACCAAGACACCUCCAAUCUCACCUCCAAUGGAAGUCCCGUUCACCGUCUCAUCGAACAGCACUCCAUUGAUUACUGGCUCUGGGCGGAUCUCAUCGCUCCCCAAUCGAAGAGGCUAUUGAACAGUGUCGUUAGGGUUCACCGACAGGAGGAAGCUGAUUUGUUCUACGUACCCUUCUUUACCACAAUCAGCUUCUUCCUCAUGGAAAAACAACAAUGCAAGGCCCUUUAUAGGGAAGCUUUGAAGUGGAUCACAGAUCAACCUGCAUGGAAGCGCUCUGGUGGUAGAGAUCACAUAAUCCCUGUGCAUCAUCCCUGGUCUUUUAAGUCUGUUAGAAAAUUCGUGAAGAAUGCAAUAUGGUUGUUGCCUGAUAUGGAUUCCACCGGGAACUGGUACAAACCAGGACAGGUUUUUCUGGAGAAAGACCUGAUUCUUCCAUACGUUCCCAAUCUUGAUUUAUGUGAUGCCAGAUGUUUAUCUGAGACAAAUCCAAAGAGAAAUAUGCUACUUUUUUUUAGGGGCAGGCUCAAGAGGAAUGCGGGAGGAAAGAUACGCUCUAAACUUGUAGCUGAAUUAAGUGGGGCUGAUGGUGUGAGUAUAGAGGAGGGAACAGCUGGAGAGGGCGGAAAAGAAGCUGCUCAAAUUGGCAUGCGCAAGUCUCUAUUUUGCUUAAGUCCAGCUGGUGACACUCCAUCCUCUGCUAGAUUAUUUGAUGCUAUUGUUAGUGGAUGCAUUCCACUUAUAAUAAGUGAUGAGCUGGAGCUUCCUUUUGAAGGAAUACUUGAUUACAGGAAGAUAGCAUUAUUUGUUUCCUCUUAUGAUGCCGUAAAGCCAGGUUGGCUUUUGAAAUAUUUAAAAGGAAUUACACCGGCUCAUAUCAAAGAAAUGCAACAAAAUCUUGCCAAGUAUUCAAGGCAUUUCCUGUAUUCUAGUCCUGCUCAACCAUUGGGUCCUGAAGACUUGGUUUGGAAAAUGUCAGAGAAAGGUGGCGAUCAGACUAUGUUAAGGUAUCUCCUUUACUAUGAUUCUCUCGGUUUGGUGCUACAGAUGGCUGGGAAGUUGGUGAACAUCAAGCUUCACACAAGAAGAUCUCAACGUGUAGUGGAAGGAUCUAGACGUCUGUGUACCUGUGAAUGCAGGCCUGCCAACAUGACUAAUACUGCUUCAAUUGUUUCUUGA